AUGACAAGACACUGUAGUGUUAUCGCUGCACUGGUCAGCAUGCUCUUGGCUCAGAAAUAUGUCACGGUCGAAGGUGAACGGGUGAAUGUUGAUUUUGUGCCCGAGAACCUUCCAUCACUGGAUUGUCUAACCUAUGAGACUGUUGCGGAAGCAAAAGAAGCAUGCAAAGGAACAUUCUUGAUGUGGGGGGAAUAUUUUGAAGACGUCUCGAGAUUUCAAAGCAAGAUCAGCCUUUUUCAGUACGGAAAUGAGUCGGAAAUGAUGGAAGCCGCAAACUACGGCCCAUACUAUUGCAGUGGUUGUAGUACAAACUCUUCCGUAGAUUAUGGGUUCAUCGGAGGGAAAGAGAGCGAGCAGCUUCCAGGCACCAUUUUUGGGUUUUCGGUGGAAGAAGCCCUUCCCACUACUGUUUAUUGUGGCGGAGGCGAUGUCGAAGUCGAAACAGUCGACGAUCUUUCGUGUGGGGCCCUUCAGCGAUAUUGUGAAGAGCAAAAGCUAGGAUGGCUAACAUAUGCCAGUACGUUCGAGACUGCAACGGGCGUCUUCACAUGCAGUGGCGGUUGUGCAGGUUCAUCGUUGUUUGCAGGCCAAAAGAUUGCACCAUUGCCGGGAAACGAAACGGAUUUCCUUUCCUGGCCCAUGAUUGUCAUGUGGUCGAUGAUUGCUUUAUUUUUGUUGGCCUCGGCUACAUUGGACUAUCGCCUCUUUGACGGCAAGUUUUUUGAAUGGAUGAAGCGUUACUAUCUUCACAUGUUUGGAUACAUCAACAUCAAAGGCGAAAGGUUGAAGUUCUGCUCUGUCUUUAAGAAUCCGUUCGAAUGUCUCUGUUUCAUAUGCCAACGCGAUGAACGCUCGUCCGUUCUAUGGUUUCGCUUCUUAUCGGUAACAGUUCUUUCCUUUGGCGUAUCGAUUCUGUUUGGAGAUGCCUCAAAGCAUGACCAUGUCUGCUUUUUUGACAGCACUCAAGACACAGCAUAUCCACUAUUCUCAGAUAUGCUGGACAAGUCAAUAUGGGAUGACCUGUAUGGUCAGAAGGAUGGUCCAGGACUUGGAGACUGGCCCGUUGUUCAGUUUAGCAUUGACUGGGUUCUCUCGGAACUUGCAAUUCUGUUGUUUGCAACAUCACAAGAAAUCCUAAUUUACAACCUGAUUCGAGGCGAGCUGAUGAAGGACAUCGCUGCAGCAGUCUUCAUGCUCUCCUUCUCUUUUAUAUUCACGAUAUGUGCGUAUGCGUACUAUCUGGAAGAGGUGCACUUGGAGAAUCUAUACAUUAUGUGGCUGGCACUACUCGUCGUUUCCUAUGUCAUCGUACCAAUCUUUGGAGCCAAUGCUUACAUCUUUGCAGCAUUGACAGUGCGAUGCUUCGGGUGGAAGAUCCCUGAAUCCGACGAAGAGCGCAAAUCAAGAACUAAGAUUGAUCAUUUUGAUGAAUCGUUUUCAAAAGAUCCGUCAAGAGCCUCAAAAAUUAAGAGGAAUUCGACAGAUAGAAAAUCGACAGCUUCAAAAAGGGGAUCUAGCGCAUAG